AUGAGCAGCAGGUCGGAAUCUAAGGUUGGCAGGGAAUCGCACUCGUGCAUGCGUGUACGAGUAAGGACGCCCAUGCCAUAUGUGCAUAUCGCCACCGUCUGA